AUGAGUUGGGUUCUUAAGCAGGCUUUUCCGGUGAAUAAGUUCACAGUUUUCAAAGUUCAUGGAAAAGACCUUUAUUUAGCUAACGAGGACUUUGUUAUUCGCCAAUGGUCAUUAGCAACUCAUAAAAUUACAGGACUUUUUUCGGGUCAUGAAGGACCUAUCACUGGAAUUGAAUGUCUUGAAGAUCUUGAUGCUUUGGCAACUACAUCCACUGAUGGAAGAUUACUUUUAUGGUCAAAUAAUCGAGUCGCAGCAAAAUUUUUAAAUCGUCAAAGAAAAACAGAUACUUUUGGAGCUCCACUUUAUUGCUUAUGCUAUUAUCCAUACAAAGAGACGCUUUAUGUUGGAGGUAAUGCCGAAAUAUUAUUAUUUAAAGUUAGAUACGAUAUUGUCCAAAGAUCACUUGAUAAAAAUGCAUCAGAAGACAUAUCAGAAAUUAAACCUUUUCAAAGAAUUAAAUUACAUUCAGAUAUUAUACAUAAAAUCUUGAUUGCAAAUGACAAACUUAUUACAAUCGCGCACGACCACACCAUCGGAAUUACACGUCUUGAUUCACCAACGGUGAACAAACUUAUUCGUCUAAAACUUAAUCAAUCGAUAUCUUCUGUUAUAUAUGAUUCAAUCCAACAAGUUUUGCUUGUUGGAGCAUUAGAUGGAAAGCUUUACAUUAUAUCCCGAGAUGGAUUAAUACUUCAAGGUUUUGAUAUCUUUCCUGGUUCAAGUAUUAUGUCUCUUACACAAGACUACCAAGCAAACAUGAUAUGGGCUAUAUCAGCACAAGGCUCUAUUAAACUUCUUGAUCGAAAUAAUCCUUUAGUUGAUCUUACAGAUUUUUUCGAUACUCUCAAAGAAAGACCGAUUAUCGGUAUCAAUACUUACAUAUACUUCGCCGUCCACUUCGAUCCAAAUACAGCAAUAAUGUAUCUAUUUCUUAAUGAACAUUAUGUUCUUGGAUUUCAAUACGAACCAAUGGCAUCAAGAGUAACACUUACAAUGCCAUAUGCUUUUCAUGCUCUUUGUUCAGUAAACUUUGUUCCUUUGGCUCAUCCUUUAAUCCAAAUUACAAAUACAAAGAAAGGUUUAAUAACCGUUACAGAAUCUGUUAAAGAAGGAAAGUACAUAAUUGGUGGUGGUCAGAGGACAUUUUCUAUUUAUUUGCAGGAAUCAAAAUUUAAAUUCCAGAAAAUUAAAGAUUUUCCUGCAAAAUCUAAAAUAACUUCCAUCAGAACACAUCCAGAUUUCUUCACUUUCGGAGAUACAGACGGUAAUAUCUACGCGAUCCAAACAACAACGAUGAGAGUUGCUCAUUCCGCUGCACCUGUAAAUGGUUCAAUAACCUCACUUCAAUUUGUUGGAUCAUUUAUUCUUGCGACCACAUUAAAUGGAUCCUGGCACAUGCUCACUCUCACGGAAUUCCCUGAUCCCAUGGAAGAAAAGAGAACGAGAUUAAUGGCACACAACGGAUCAAUCAAUGACUCUGUUUUCUCAGCACAAAGCGGAUAUCUGUUGACAGCAGGAAGUGAUGGUUUAGUCAAAAGUUGGUGUGUUGGCACUGAUUUGAAGAGAUUGGCCAAUCUUCCAUCAGUUUUCCUUACAGGAACAGCCAACGUAAUGAGAGAAACAGCUGUUGCUGAUAUGAGAGAGUACGGAGAAGUCACAAACAUCCGAUUACACCAUGAUGGAGAGAGAAUCAUCACUGCACACAGUGACAGACAAAUUAGAGUUUGGUCAGGUGAAGUCGAAAACUUAGAUUUAUUAGUGACAAUUCCAUGCGGAUGGUGCUCGAUCACUGCAAUGGAAUUAGACAGAAACUCUGUGAUUGUUGCACUCGACGACAAAACAUUGAGAGCCUUUGAUGUCGACGAUGGAAGAAUCACGAGAACAUUUAUUGGCCACAAAGAUACAAUCUGCGCGAUUUCUGUUGGAGAAGGUUUGGAUUACAUAGUGUCAAGUAGUUGGGAUGGAGCUGUAAAAUUAUGGAGUAGAGAAGAGGAGAAACCUCCAAAGCCUCCGAAAUCAAUAAACGUAAGGCCAGUAAACUCAGCAAGAAGAGAAAGAGACGCAAGAAGUGCUUUGUCUCCGCUCAGACCAGCCCCUGUCGUUUCUGUUUCUCCAGCUGUUUCUCUUUAUGAGAGAAGGAAGCAGGAAAUCGAGAGAAGGAGAAGAAGAGAGAAAGCAGAAAUCGAAGCAAGUAGAAAGACACCUCUUUACAAGGAUAUCAAAGCUCUUUCAAAACUUAUUCAAGAAUUAUUGUAA